UGGAAGCUUUUCACUCUCAUUUGUGGCAGGAAGUGACCCCUCAAAAUCUUCCAACCAACAAAGAUCUUUCAAUGCUCACAUGGCAUAACAAGCGCCACUCUCUCCAAAAAUAUAUCAGAAGGGAAAUCCAAAUAGAAAACCAGAACCAAUAAGAUGGUGCUGAUGUGUAGAUACCCUCAUCCAUAACAUCUUCCCACUUGCAUUAUAAGUUCUCCUCUCCCCAUCCUUUCUCAACACCAGCCUUCAAACCAUCCUAUACUCCUACCCAAGAGAGAAGCAUCUGCAACAAAAAGAAAGCCUAGAGAGCCAUGGCAACUUCUGCCAUCCAAAGGUCUGCAUUUUCCGGCCACACAGCCUUGAAGCAGCAGAAUGAGCUUGUCCGGAAAGUUGGUAGCUUUGGCGGAGGCCGCAUUACCAUGCGCCGCACUGUGAAAAGUGCCCCUCAAAGCAUAUGGUAUGGUCCAGACCGCCCAAAAUACUUGGGCCCAUUCUCUGAGCAAACUCCAUCAUACCUCACUGGUGAAUUCCCAGGUGACUAUGGAUGGGACACUGCAGGCUUGUCAGCAGACCCAGAGACUUUUGCCAAGAACCGUGAGCUCGAAGUGAUCCACUGCCGAUGGGCAAUGCUUGGUGCAUUGGGUUGUGUCUUCCCUGAAAUCCUAGCAAGGAAUGGUGUCAAAUUUGGCGAGGCAGUUUGGUUCAAGGCUGGUGCCCAAAUCUUCUCUGAGGGUGGUCUUGAUUAUCUUGGCAACCCAAACCUUGUUCAUGCACAAAGCAUUCUUGCAAUCUGGGCUUGUCAGGUUGUGCUCAUGGGCUUUGUUGAAGGUUACCGUGUUGGUGGAGGACCACUUGGUGAAGGACUGGAUAAAAUUUACCCUGGCGGUGCCUUUGACCCUCUUGGAUUGGCGGACGAUCCUGACGCAUUCGCAGAGUUGAAGGUGAAGGAGAUAAAAAAUGGACGGCUUGCAAUGUUUUCAAUGUUUGGAUUCUUCGUUCAAGCUAUUGUGACUGGAAAGGGCCCAAUUGAGAAUCUUUAUGAUCACCUUGCUGAUCCAGUGGCCAACAAUGCAUGGGCUUAUGCCACUAACUUUGUCCCAGGAAAAUGAAAAUAAGCAAGAAGUAUCUGUCCCACUGUAACAUUUCUCAAAACUUCUUGGUUCUAUUGGGAUUUGAACUUAAUGUUACUGAUGUUAUUUUACUAGCAAA